AUGACCUUUGGGGCGGCAUGUUCUCCAAGCAGUGCACACUACGUGAAGAAUCGAAACGCUGACCGAUUCGAGGAGCAGUACCCUAGGGCGGUGCAGUGUAUCAAGUACGAGCACUACGUUGAUGACAUGCUGACAAGCGUCGAAACCGAGGAGGAGGCGGUGAAGCUAGCUGAUGAGAACCUUAGUGUCGGUCCGGAGAUGUCAACAGAAAAGGUCCUCGGGAUGUGGUGGGAAACUACAACCGACACCUUCACAUUCAAGUUGUCACCGAAACACGACGCGGAGCUGCUAUCUGGUGCCAGGAUACCUACGAAACGGGAAGUCCUCAGAACCCUGAUGACAGUGUACGACCCUAUGGGGCUCAUCGGUAACUUCCUGAUCUACCUCAAGAUUCUGCUGCAGGAGAUUUGGCGCUCCGGAUCUGGCUGGGACGACGAGAUCAACGCACGACUAACCGAAAAGUGGCUGACGUGGAUCGAAACUUUGCUUCGGCAGGUCCGACAGGUCAGGAUUCCUCGCUGCUACCGUACUACGACAUCCGCUGAAUCCAGUAACAGCAUCGAACUCCACAUCUUCUGUGAUGCCAGCGAGAAUGGAAUGGCUGCCGUAGCAUACUUCAGAUUCGAGGAAGAAGGGAAGGUGGAGUGUGCUCUAAUCGGAUCGAAAACUCGUGUGGCGCCGUUGAAAUUUCUCUCGAUUCCUCGCCUCGAGCUGCAAGCCGCAGUAGUUGGAGCACGUCUCGCCGGCAGCAUUGUGAGUUCGCAUAGAAUCCGGAUCACACGACGCAUUUUCUGGACCGAUUCCCGCGACGUAGUGUGCUGGCUACGGUCUGAUCAUCGGCGCUAUAGCCAAUUUGUGGCCUUCAGGAUCAGCGAACUGCUCGAUACGAUGGAAGUGGGAGAGUGGAGAUGGCUGCCGACCAAGCAGAACGUAGCGGACGAAGGAACGAAGUGGCAAAGGUUGCCGGACUUUCAGCCGGAAAGUCGUUGGUUUCGAGGACCAGACUUCCUACGAGAACCCGAAAAUUCGUGGCCUGGCGAUGCUGGAGAUCAUGGAACGACAAUGGAAGAGAUCCGUGCCAGCGUUCUAAACCACCAAGGAACCAAACCACUGAUCAUUUCAUUCGAACGUUUUUCGAAAUGGAAACGACUUUUGCGGUCCGUCGGAUACCUACAUCGUUACUUCAUCAACUUUCAAAACACCGUCAAGAAAACCACCCUAGUAAGAGGCGCUCUGACGCAGGAGGAGUUGAAGCUGGCAGAGAACACGAUCUACCAAUGUGUUCAGCAGCAGGCUUUCCCGGACGAAGUUCGAUUGAUUCGCAGCCAAGUAAAAGAAGAUUCACCUUGGGAACGUACUCUACCGAAAUCCAGUGCGCUGUACAAACUGAAUCCGGUCAUCGAUAAGCACGGUGUUCUACGAAUGCGAGGACGUAUCGGUGCCUGUGAAUGGGCAGAUGAGGCUACGAAAGAUCCCGUUAUACUCCCGAGGCAACAUCAUGUUACCAACCUGUUGAUUGCUGAUUACCAUGCUACGUAUCAUCAUCAGAACCACCAAACAGCACUCAACGAAAUCCGCCUCAAGUACAACAUUCCUCGUCUCCGCUCUGAGUUUGACCGAGUCCGAAGAAACUGCCAACGGUGCAAAAUCCGACAAGCGAACCCGAAACCUCCCGCGAUGGGGAACCUUCCGCCCGCCCGGUUGGCAGCGUAUCAGCGCCCAUUCUCGUACACCGGAAUCGACUACUUUGGCCCAAUGUCUGUGUUAGUUGGCAGACGUACCGAAAAGCGAUGGGGAGUCCUGCUCACCUGUAUGACUACCAGAGGAGUGCACAUCGAGAUCGCGCAUUCGCUGAACACAGACUCGUGCAUCUUGGCGCUGCGUAAUUUCAUCGCGAGGAGAGGCUCGCCCUUGGAGAUCCUGAGCGACCGGGGUAUCAACUUCAUCGGAGCCUCUAGGGAGUUAUGCGAGGCAUUGAAGCAGAUCGACGAAGAACGUCUGAAGGUGGAAUUCGUCAGCCCGACCACCAAAUGGACGUUCAACCCUCCAGCCGCUCCACAUUUUGGUGGCUGCUGGGAGCGCCUGAUACAGUCGGUGAAGAGAACUAUGAACGACUUCGACCCCCCGCAUUUACCCUCGGACGAGAUUCUUCGUUCCAUGUUGAUGGAGAUCGAGAUGAUCCUGAACUCUCGACCGCUAACCGACAUACCGAUCGACAACGACAGUGAACCACCCCUCACACCCAAUCACUUUUUGUUAGGGUCAUCUAACGGCAGUAAGCCCCCGAUCAUUUUCGACGACAGACCGAUUGUGCUGAAGCGUUCCUGGAAGAUGGCACAACAGUACGCAGACACGUUCUGGAAGAGGUGGGUGAACGAGUAUCUGCCCACGUUGACACGCAGGACCAAAUGGUUUCAGCCCGUGAAACCCAUCCAAGAAGGUGACCUAGUGAUCAUCAUCGACGGAAAUCUCCCUAGGAACUACUGGCCAAGAGGACGAGUGGUCAAAGCGAUCGCAGCCCAAGACGGGCAGGUUCGUCGCGUGACAGUGCAGACAUCGAAGGGGCUCUUGGAAAGACCGGCGACCAAGGUUGCUGUAUUAGACGUCGGUGCAACAGGAGGUAAGCCACAGGACGACAGUGGCGUACCGAGGAGGAGUGUCACGACGGUGCAGAGUGACGCACCUCCCCAAUAA